AUGAAUGACAAUAAAAUUUUAAAUCAACAAAAUUAUUUGGAAGAAUUUAGAAGUAAUUUACUAAUAAAUUUGAAUAUUAUAGUCAAACGGGAUCACCGAUGGAGACAAAAAAGAUAUCAAAAACUAAAUGAUAUAAUUAACAAAAAGAUACAUAAAUUGCAAAAUCCAUUGGAUUGUAAUUCAGCUAAAAAGCUGGUCUGUGAUCUGUAUUUUCUUAAUUGUGGUUUUGGUUGUCGACUCCAUCAGCUGACCAAAUGUCUGGCCAUUGCAUUGACACUUAAUAGGACACUCAUCUAUGAGCCAAACAAACUGAUACCACAAAAUCUAUUGAUUAACAAGUUUUUCAAAUCACUUAGCAAUACAUGUCAUCAUUCAAAAGGUAAUAACAGAACCAAAUGGUUGAACAUUAAGAAGAAUAGAGAUGACUAUCAAGUGAUAGACUUUCCUAUAUAUCAACCAAAUAGACGAUUGACACCAAUUGUUCCCAAAGAAUUGAGCGAUGAAUUGCAACUAUUAAGUGAUGACCCGAUGUUAACAUAUAUCUCAUGUUUAGUCAAAUAUAUAAUGAGACCUAAGAAUAGUUUAAAACAACUAAUAUUGAAAUAUGAAAAUCAAAUUAAUUAUAAUAAUCCAGUGGUUGGCAUACAUGUGAGGCGUACAGACAAGUUAGCCGAAGCAUUGUACCACACAUUGGAUGAAUAUAUGGUAUAUGUUGAAGAUUUUUACCGUUCAUAUGGUAACACAACUGUUCAACGAGUUGUCUAUUUGGCCACUGAUGAGCCCAGAGUGUGGAACAAUGAGAUCGAGCCGUAUAUUAAAAUGGGUUAUAUUUUUAUCGGAAACAAAACGAUAGCGAAAAAAGCAAAAUCUCGGAAAACUCGUCAAGAGUUUGACUCAACCCGUGAUUUACUGAUUGAGAUCAACACACUUAGUAAAUGUGAUUACAUUGUCUGCACUUUAAGUUCAAACGUGUGUCGACUUGUUAUUGAAUUAUUUGGUGACAAACAAAUGGGAACUAUUUCUGAACAAUACAAGACAUAUCAAUCAUUGGAUACUUACUAUUAUUUCGCACCAUUCAAAUUAGUAGAGAAACUCAUUGUCAUUAUUAAUAACAAUGCUAUUUAUUAUCAACAAUUGGACGCUAAUGUAGGAGAUAUCCUAUCGUUUGACAUAACAAGUGAUUAUCAUUUAAAUAGCGGUUAUAUUAAUGCAACAAAUAUGAGAACUAAUAAAAGUGGAUAUUUUCCUAUUUUUAAAUGUGAAAAAUUCAUUGAAUACAACAAUUUCUCAUUAAACUAUUAA